ACAGGAAGAGCUGGACGAAGUGGCUGGGGAGAGGGAAGUCUGGGCUUCCCUGCUUAGGCUGCUGCCCCCGCGACCCGACCUCGGAUAAGCGGAAGAAGAUGGAUGGAUGGAUGGAUGGAUUUUUUUUUAAAAGCAGGAGGUUGCCUACAGCCACAGUUGUUAAUGACAAUGUUGUUGACCUAUAGGAGACUUGAUCAAAUAUAUUUUUUGAUUAGCGCAUUCCUGGUGAAUAACUGUGACCACUUUGUUGCAGUCUGACUGACCAGUAGAUGGCGCCAUUCCUCCCUAAGGAGGACAUAAACAUGCCAGAGGCUCUUCUGGCACUUUGACAAAGUAUAUGUUUGGGCUUCACUAGUAUUUGGGCCAAAGGUGAUUGAAGCCUGGAGGUUGCAUGACAAAGAUGUCCCAACGGCGUCUGGCCCGGAACUCCACAACGUUUCGACACAAAGAUGGUUCAGUGUUGCAACGUGACUCGUAUAAAAGAGCAGAGUCCUUCAUCGGGACAUUAAUGCUCAAAUUUUGUGUCGCAGCAGACAAGUGAAGAUGGGUGAUGCUGCGCUGAGCAACAUGGCGGCGGCCCACGUGACAAGCAUGCCACACCACAAUGGGGACCCUCUGGCCUUCUCUAGUCUCACCAUUGACACGGCUUUAGCGCCCAGAAGGGGGACACAUGAAGCUGGAGCACAAGAGGGACCCAAACCAGAGCCAAAGGCCAUACCGCUGAGGCCGCAGGUUGCCGCGACGACCGCCCUGGCUCCGGCCGAGCAGCUGUGGACCACCAGCAGGGACAAGGCGGUAAGGCUGAGGAUGGAAGACACGGGACCUGCGGCGGAGACUCCCCUCACCGUGCAUCAGGCGUUCCUGGAGACGGUGCAGAGCUUCGGGGAUCACCCGGCCUUGGCCCACAAGGACGACGGCCAGUGGGUGACGCUGAGCUGGAGGCAGUACUACGAGCAGUGUCGAGCGGCCGCCAAGAGCUUUCUGAAGCUGGGCCUGGAACGAUACCAUGGUGUGGGGAUCCUGGGGUUCAAUGCCCCCGAGUGGUUCAUCGCAGACAUGGGCUGCAUUUUCGCCGGGGGCCUGGCAACAGGUAUUUACACCACCAACACACCUCCAGCUUGUCUGGAUGUCGCUCGAAACUCAGAAGCCAACAUCCUGGUCGUGGAGAACCAAAAGCAGCUUGAUAAAAUCCUGCAGAUCCAAAAUGAGCUGCCACAUCUUAAAGCAAUCGUCCAAUACAAAGGCGAGCUGCAGCAACAACUACCAUCCCUCUAUACGUGGGCAGACUUCAUGAAGCUGGGCGAGGAUGUCCCUGACAAGGACCUAGACGAUUCUAUCAACAGUCUUCGUGCUAACGAAUGCUGCACCCUCAUCUAUACGUCAGGAGCCACUGGGCCCCCAAAAGGAGUCAUGUUGAGCCACGACAACCUCACAUGGACAGCCCAAAGAGCAGGAAUACAGGUCAACCUGAAAUACGCUGAGGAGAUUGUGGUCAGUUAUCUACCGCUCAGCCACGUGGCGGCACAAGUCAAUGACAUGUACAUAACCAUGAGGUUUGGAGCCACCACCUAUUUCGCAGAGCCGGAUGCCCUCAAGGGCUCAUUGGUAACAACGCUGAAAGAGGUGUCUCCCACCUCGUUCCUUGGAGUUCCUCGCAUUUGGGAGAAGAUGCAGGAGAAAAUGAAGGCUGCCGGAGCCAAGGUGUCUCCGCUAAAGAAGAGUGUGGCCGACUGGGCCAAGUCCAUCGGAUUGCAGUACAACUACAGUGCCAUGAAGGGGGAAAAUCGUGUUCCAUGGGGCUUCAUGCUGGCUAACCAAGUGGUCUUCAAGAAGGUGCAAGCUGCCCUGGGCCUUGGGCGCUGCAGGACUUUGUUUACAGGCUCGGCCCCCAUCUCCAAAGGCACACUGGAUUAUUUUAUGAGUCUCAACAUGCCAUUGAUGGAACUUUACGGCAUGAGUGAAAGCACUGGUCCACACACCAUCUCCACAAAUUCGGACUACCAGAUCGGCAGCUGCGGGAAGGCAAUGGCAGGCUGCAAGGUGAAGCUAGACAAAGAAGACAAAGGAAACGGAGAGAUCUGUUUCUGGGGGAGGAACAUCUUCAUGGGCUACCUAAACAAGCCUGACCAAACAAAUGAGGCAUUGGACCAGGACGGAUGGCUGCACUCUGGCGACGUGGGAAAGGUUGCGCAAAACUUUCUGUUCAUCACAGGGAGGAUUAAAGAGAUAAUCAUCACAGCAGGAGGUGAGAACGUGGCGCCUGUGCCCAUCGAGGACUUAAUGAAGGCUGAGGUAGGCAUCAUCAGCAACGCCAUGUUGAUCGGCGACAGACGCAAGUUCCUCUCCAUGCUGCUCACGCUCAAGUGUGCUGUGAAUGAAAACGGCGAACCAACGGAUCAGCUGACCGACGAGGCCAUAACAUUCAGCCGAGAGACUGGCGUGAGUGCCACCAAGGUGUCCGAGAUCAUGGACAACAAGGAGCCAGCUGUCUACAAGGCCAUCCAAGAAGGCAUGGAGCGUGUCAACGCCAAGGCCACGUCAAACGCACAGAAGGUCCAAAAGUUUGUCAUCCUGGGAAAAGACUUCUCCAUUCCUGGAGGGGAGCUCGGGCCCACCAUGAAGCUGAGGAGGCCUAUUGUCGUCAACAUGUACAAAGACAAAAUUGAGGAGAUGUACUCCGACGAAAAAAACUGAAGCUCCAUUGAAGACCUCCACCAAUUUUCUGUGAAGAAAAAAAGGACAACCUUGUAGCUACAAACAAAAAGCUGCUCUCCAUUUUUGUUGUUGUUCCAGAGAAUUAUUUAAGUUCGCCCUAAAACAUUUACGUGCACUAUUUUCUUUUGUUUUUUGUAAAUAAAACCACCCAAUCACGGCCAAAGCGUGACACUAAGUCACAUGACUCACUCAACACUUAAAGGGGAACUGACCUUUUUUUUGGAAUUUUGCAUAUCGUUCACAAUUAUUAUGAAAGACAUGUAUUUUUUUAAUGCGUUCUAACAUGUAAAUAAAAGUAUGCUUACAGCCCUAUAAUUCGUCUAUAAAACCCCAUAAAAAAACAUCCAAAAAGCGCCAAACAAUACAAUGUUUACAUUUCGUGACUUGAAUAUUAAACAAGUAUUAGUGAUAUUGUUAUUAUAAGCGCUAAAACAGAAACUAUUUAUAGCGGCGCCGUGAUCACCAGCUUGCGUGCCAAUGUUGACAUGAUCGACUGAUCAGCUGCUUCCUUGCUCGUCAAACUUUAUUGUAGAUCAUAAAUCAUGCCUCUCACCUGGAUAGUAGAAGAACAAGGACAUAUUCCAACAAGUUGGUACAUUUUGACAGCCAAUUUAGAACCUGGAAAUGGCGAGAACGACACGAAAAGACGCUUGGUUCCACCCCCCUUUUCUUUGUGAGGAUUACGAGUCAUUCUUCAUCUAAAUGGGAAUUUAUAACAUCCUAGCAGUCUGCAUCCUAAUGACAGCAGACCUUGUACAGUACGUGAUUAUUCAUUAUGUUUGUUGGCUCUUAUAAAGUUUGCACUGAGUAGUAAUUAGUGAUGUAGUUUAAAAAAAAAAAAAGCUAACAUAGUGAUGCAUUUUUUAAAUUAACAUGCUUAAAAUGAUCAAAAUACAUAAAUAUUAAAUGUUAUUAUAAAUGUGCCCGUUACUACAUUAUAUAUAUGCUGACAUCAUCUUAAUGGAGGUGUUUGGAUGUUUUUUAAGGGCUUCAUAGGCAGAAUAGAAUUUAAAAUGCAUUAAAAAAAUACAUUUGUCGUAAUGUCUUUCAUUAUGAUUGUGAACAAUUGGCAACAUUUCCCCAAAAAUUCCCCUUUAAAGCCACGUUUGGCUGGCGUAGAUAGGGUGACUUGGCAAUCUAUUAGGAACAUCGUAAUUGUGAAAUUAAUAAGAAUAUGUAUGAUAAAUAUACCGUAUUUUUCGGAGUAUAAGUCGCACCUGCCGAAAAUGCAUAAUAAAGAAGGAAAAAACCAUAUAUAAGUCGCACUGGAGUACAAGUCGCAUUUUUUGGGGAAAUUUAUUUGAUAAAAGCCAACACCAAGAUUAGACAUUUGAAAUGCAAUUUAAGAGGAAUAAAGAAUAGUGAACAGGCUGAAUAAGUGUACGUUAUAUGAGGCAUAAAUAAACAACUGAGAACGUGCCUGGUAUGUUAACGUAACAUAUUAUGGUAAGAGUCAUUCAAAUAACUAUAACAUAUAGAACAUGCUAUACGUUUACCAAACAAUCUGUCACUCCUAAUCACUAAAUCCCAUGAAAUCUUAUACGUCUAGUCUCUUACGUCCAUCCAUCCAUCCAUCUUCUUCCGCUUAUCCGAGGUCGGGUCGCGGGGGCAGCAGCCUAAGCAGGGAAGCCCAGACUUCCCUCUCCCCAGCCACUUCGUCCAGCUCCUACCGGGGGAUCCCGAGGCGUUCCCAGGCCAGCCGGGAGACAUAGUCUUCCCAACAUGUCCUGGGUCUUCCUCGUGGCCUCCUACCGGUCAGACAUGCCCUAAACACCUCCCUAGGGAGGCGCUCGGGUGGCAUCCUGACCAGAUGCCCGAACCACCUCAUCUGGCUCCUCUCGAUGUGGAGGAGCACCGGCUUUACUUUGAGCUCCCCCCGGAUGACAGAGCUUCUCACCCUAUCUCUAAGGGAGAGCCCCGCCACCCGGCGGAGGAAACUCAUUUCGGCCGCUUGUA